AUGGCUAAAACCAGUCCUGUAUUUGUCACGGCUGGCUCGGGAAACAACGAGCCGAAAGACAAGUCAACCCACCAAAGCCUUAGGCCUUCUCGAUCCAUCAUAUUUGAUACGUCCGACGAAGAAACCGACACCAAGAAAUUGGCAAGAAAUCACCUCUGCGUUGGAUAUGAGAACAAGUUUGAUGGACCGCCCCCCGACGGCGGCGUCAAGACUUGGGGAACAAUCAACUCUUUCGGCAUUUUUCAAACAUUCUAUCGAGAUUAUCUUUCUCGGUCGGCUUCUGAAAUUAGCUGGAUUGGUUCCAUGCAAGUCUUUUUUCUUUUCGUCGUUGGUGUAUUCACCGGGCGUCUCACCGAUGCUGGAUAUUUUCGAGCAGUCUUUGCCUCAGGAUCUACGCUGGUGGUACUGGGAAGCCUGACCGCAUCGUUCUCGAAUCAGUAUUGGCAACUAUUCUUAUCCCAAGGGCUUUGCGUGGGACUUGGCAUGGGAGGUUUGUUUUGCCCUGUUAUAGCUGUGUUGUCGACAUACUUCAGCAGGCGCAGAAACCUCGCUAUCGGAGUUGCUAUCAGUGGCUCAGCUACUGGAGGGAUGAUUUAUCCCAUUAUUGCACGCCAGCUUUUACCCAUGAUUGGAUUCAGUUGGACAAUGCGUGUCAUGGCACUGAUCCAACUCAUCACUCUCUUGAUUGCCAACUUCUCGAUGCGAUCCAGAAUACGACCGAGGCGGUCCGGUUCGGUGAUUGAGUUUUCCGCUUUUACGGAGAAAGCCUAUCUUCUCUUUACGAUUGGCAUGUUUUUUAACUUCUGGGGCGUCUAUUUUGCGUUUUAUUACAUUGGUCCAUUUAGUCGCGACAGGCUUUCAUUUUCGUAUGACAGUUCAAUCAACAUUCUUAUGGUUAUGAAUGGGGUCGGCGCGAUCGGUCGUGUGAUUCCUGGCUUACUUGCAGACCUCUAUUUGGGGCCAUUAAAUGUUGUGAUUCCGGCCGCGGCUAUUUGUACAACUCUUUUGUUCUGUUGGAUAGCAAUCCAGAGUUCCACUGCCUUGUAUACUUGGGCUGUGUUUUAUGGUAUCUUUGGGGCUACAGUUCAGGGUCUCUUCCCAGCAGCAUUGUCAUCAUUGACAACCGAUCUUCAGAAAGCAGGCACAAGGAUGGGAAUGGUCUACACAAUUGUUAGUUUCGCAAACUUAACCGGCCCUCCACUGGCCGGACUUCUGAUCAAGGCCGGUGAGGGUCGGUAUAUUUAUGCGUUUAUAUUUGGAGGGCUAUGUCUGGCUCUAGGUACAUUAUUCUUAGUCGCCUCUCGUAUUGCUAAAGGAGGCUGGGGGUUAGCAAAAGUCUAA